UUGACAUUACCACUGCAGGCUACUCUUCUGAAUCUUGAAAGAAAACUGCAGCUGGACAAGCAAUACGAUGAGUUCACUGCAUGCAGGCAGAGACAUAAAAACCUGAAGUUUAAAGUGAUUCUAAAAGUUUUUUAAGAAAAAAUAACAAACAUGUCUAUACUUACCUGCGGUGUGCAGUGGUUUUGCACAGAGCAGCCCAGAUCCUCCUUUUCUCGGGUCCCCUGCUUGCUCUCCUGGCCCCUCCCUCCUGUUUUAUGCCCCCACAGCAAGCAGCUUACUAUGGGGCACCCGCUGCUAUGUGUGUGCAUUCACACAUGGAGCUGCAGCUCAGCCACACCCCCUCUCUCUUCUCAUUGGCUUGCUGGCUGUGAUUGACAGCAGUGGGAGCCAAUGGCUCCAGCUUCUGUUUCAGACAAUGAGAAGAGGGAGUCUCGGGAUAGCUGAGACUCCAGUGCACAUCACUUGAGUGAGAGGAGGCUUAGAAUGCAUGAAUGCUAAAAACCUUGAGCCUUUACAACCACUUUAA